CAGCGCAAGGAAAAGAAAGUAAGUUCAAAAGGGUGCAGAGACGUAAACGCUUGUCCCAAAAAGAGCAAGAACGACAGCGUAUUUGCUCGAAUUGAUCUAGGUGUUCAUUUUCAACUUCCUCGUUUCAGCUAAAAUUGCACCCAUAAUUCAAGUUUCGAAUCGCUCACAGCACAGGACACUCUCUUCUGUACGGACUACUACUUCCACUCUUAAUCUAAUUAUCUGCAACAAAUCUCAUUCUCCCAUCCAUAUUUUCCACAUACCUGUUAUGGUUGCUACUGGAAAGUUGGGAUUGCUCUAUUUUUACUUAUUACUGAAGCUGAUAACUCAUGGCGAGCAGGGCAAUGGGAAUCUAUGACUGUUAGAAAGCGAUAGCUUUUCAAAAUAAGGUGUUUAUGGAGAAUUCAACUGUAGUGAUUGGUACAAAAGGUCUGAUAAAAAGGCAUGAAUUUGUAAGAGUUAUAAUUCAGAGUCUUUGGUCAUUAGGCUACAAAAAGUCUGCUUCUUGUUUGGAAAUAGAGUCUGGGAUUUCAUACAAAUCUGUGGAUUUUGAGUUGCUCGAAUCACAAAUACUUGAAGGAAACUGGAAUGGAUGCGUUAAUACCCUUAACACAGUCAAGGAGCUGAUGGAUGAGACAAGAGCUUCAGCUUUGUUUCUUGUGAUUAAGCAAUGCUUGUUAGAGUGUUUGAGUUGCGGGGAUGAUUCUAUGGCAUUGGCUGUUUUGCGGAAACAGGUUCCUGCAUUACGGCUAGGCAGAGAGAAAGUCUGCAAUCUUGCUUAUAAUCUUCUUUGCUUGAAGGAGGUGGACUUGAGUAAAACAUAUGACAAUGCAAUACUUGAGCUGCGAAACGUAUUGUUGAAACAGUUGGAAAAGUUGCUCCCUCCUCCAAUUGUGCUGCCUGAAAUAAGAUUGGAACAUCUGGUUGAAACUGCUAUUACAGCUCAAAUUGAUUCAUGUAUGUAUCACAAUUCACAAGAGGCAGUUUCACUUUUUGAGGACCAUUGCUGUAAGAGAGAUCAGAUCCCUACAGAGACUGUCCAGAUUUUGACUGAGCAUGAGAAUGAAGUGUGGUUUGUACAAUUUUCUAAUAAUGGACACUACUUGGCCUCAUCAUCUAGUGAUUGCACAGCCAUCAUAUGGGAGGUACUGGAAGAUGACAGGCUAACAAUUAAACGAACACUGCGAAGCCAUCAAAAACCAGUAUCCUUUGUGGCAUGGAGCCCUGACGAUACAAAGUUGUUAACAUGUGGAAAUCUGGAAGUUCUCAAGCUCUGGGAUGUGGAAACAGGUACAUGCAAGCAUACAUUUGGGGAUCAUGGCUUCAUUGUCAGCUCAUGUGCUUGGUUUCCCGACUCAAAGCGAUUUGUGUGUGGCAGUUCUGAUCCCGAAAAGGGCAUCUGCAUGUGGGACUGCCAUGGCAACGAGAUAAAAGCAUGGAGGGGCACACGGAUGCCUAAGGUAUUAGAUCUUGCUGUGACACCAGAUGGCGUACAUCUCAUCAGUGUAUUUUCUGAUAAGGACAUUCGGAUAUUCAAUUUGGUAACGAAUGCUGAACAAGUCAUUUCUGAGGAGCAUCCAAUUACUUCCUUGUCAGUUUCCAUAGACAGCAAGUUCUUUAUUGUCAAUCUUAACAGCCAGGAGAUCCAUUUGUGGGAUGUUGCUGGGAACUGGGAGAAAGCAUUAAGAUAUAUGGGCCACAAACAACACAAAUAUGUCAUACGCUCCUGCUUUGGGGGGUUGAAUAGCUCAUUUAUUGCCAGUGGCAGUGAGAAUUCACAGGUCUACAUCUGGAAUCGACAAAACUCUAGGCCAAUCGAGGUUUUAUCUGGGCAUUUAAUGACGGUGAAUUGUGUGAGCUGGAACCCUAGAAGGCAUCAAAUGCUGGCAUCAGCUAGUGAUGAUCAAACAAUCCGUAUAUGGGGACCGAGCCAAUCCAAGAAUAUACAGCAUGAAAAGCUCAUAUGAAGGAAACAAAGUGAUGUGAUCAGCUUUCGAGCACCCGACAUGUACAGCCUUAUUCUCUCAUCAAUUUGUUAUUCUUUUGUAGAUUUGUAAAUUGGUGGUGGCGGGGCUGCUUUGUUGUUGCCCUUUUUCUCAAUUUUGGGAGAAUGUUUUCCCCACUGUAAAUCUCCAUUCCUUGGCUUCUCUUAAUUUUGUUUAGACAUGUUUGGAGAAGGUAAACAUCGUUGCAUUUACAUGCUAGCUACCAUAUCACUGUCUGUUUUCUGUUUUUUUUGUUUUGGUACUAGGCAUGGAAAGACUGAUGUUCUUGCCCACUUCUGGUAUAAAUUCUGUUUGCUUCUUCUUGUUGCUCCGUACAAUAAUUUAAGGAUGAAUAUCAACUAUUUGUUUGUGGAUUGACAUGA